AUGUCCUAUGCCCAAGAGUCAAAGAAUCUUCAACUUAAGCUUACUGACGAGCUCAAGGCCGCAAAGGCAAAGAUGGAGGCUGAAGUUGAGCAGAUGAAGGCCAAGACAACUGAGCUUGAGAAGCUCAUGACAGUUGUAUACACAGUUGUGCUCCAUUAUAAAAAUGUCUUCUCAAAAGGCAUUGAACGCCUUGUUCAUGAGGAUAUCACCAGUCCCUACUUCCUCAGCAAUAUUGACCAUCCAAGGCUCGUCCUAACUUCUCCUCCCCUGACCGGCAAGAAUUUUCAAGCAUGGAGAUGCGACUUCAAGAUUUCCAUUGGAGCCAAAAACAAAACAACCUUCCUCACUGGAGCUCUUCCUCAGCUAGGACCAGACGAUCCUCUGCUCAAUUCUUGGCUCCGCUGCAACCAAAUAGUAAUGUCAUGGAUUCUCCACUCUGUUUCUGAAGAAAUCAAAAGCAACACCAUGUAUCUAGACUCAGCUACUGCAAUGUGGAGUGAACUCAAUCAUAUAUUUGAUCAAGGAAAUGGACCAAGAAUAUUCGGAAUGAAUGAAACUCUCAUCACCCUUCACCAAGGCCAUGACUCUGUAAGUGCUUAUUUCACAAAACUGAAGGUCAUUUGGGAUGAAAUUGUUGAACUCCACCCCCGUACACCCUGUACCUGUGCAGCUUUGGCUGAUUCUCUUACUUUUCACAAUCAAUAUCAAGUUUUACAAUUUCUAACUAGUCUAAAUGAGUAUUUCCAUGCUGUUCGAGCGCAAAUAUUGCUCAUUGAUCCCUUCCCAUGCUUGCCCAUAUUAUUCUCUAUGGUUGCUCAAGAAGAAAGACAAUGA